AUGUCUGAGUCAGAUGAUGUCCUGCUGAGAAUCAUUGAGGGUCAUAAAACCACCCUGAAAAACAAGUAUGAGUGCUUAUAUGAAGGAUUCGCCCUCAACGAAAACCAAACCCUCCUCAAAAACAUUUACACAGAGCUCUACAUCAUAGAGGGAGAGAGUGAAGGAAUGAAUGAGAAACAUGAAGUUUUACAGAUUGAAACAGCAUCUAGGACAUGGGAUUCUCAAGACCGACCAAUCAGCUGCAAUGAAAUCUUCAAAUCCCGGUCAGAACCUGGAGGGGACAGACAAAAUCCAGAAAUCAGAACUGUACUCACCAAAGGCAUCGCUGGAAUUGGAAAAACAGUCUCUGUGCAGAAGUUCAUUCUGGACUGGGCAGAGGGAAGGACCAAUCAGGACAUUAAUUUCAUGUUGGUUCUUCCUUUUCGAGAGCUGAACUUGGUUAAAGAUGAUCAGUUCAGUCUUCAUGGACUCCUGCUAGAGUUUCACCCAGAGCUGAAAGAUUUGGAUUCAAAGAAAUAUAAUGACUGUAAAAUGCUGUUCAUCUUUGAUGGUUUUGAUGAGAGUCGACUUCAGUUAGAUUUUUCUGGGACACUUUGUGAUGUUUCCACAACAUCAUCAGUGAACAAACUGAUAUCAAACCUUAUUCAAGGAAAUCUUCUUCCCUCUGCCCUCAUCUGGAUAACCUCCAGACCAGCAGCAGCCAGUCAGAUUCCCUCUCAGUUCAUCAGUCGUGUGACAGAAGUGCAAGGAUUCAAUGAUUCACAGAAAGAGGAAUACUUCAGAAAAAGAGUCUCUGAUGAGAGUAAGGCUGACAGAAUCAUCUCACACAUCAAGACAACAGUGAGUCUCCACAUCAUGUGUCACAUCCCAGUGUUCUGUUGGAUUUCAGCCACUGUGCUUCAGGAAAUGCUGCGUCAAGACAAUGUAAAAGAGAUCCCUAAAACUCUGACUGAGAUGUACACACACUUCCUGCUAAUUCAAACUAAAAUGAAGAAGCAGAAAUAUGAGGACAAAGUUGGGACAGACUCAAAGAAUCUUCUGGAAUCAAGCAAGGAGAUCUUUCUGAAACUUGCUAAACUGGCUUUUAAUCAGUUGCUGAGGGGCAAUAUCUUGUUUUAUGAUGAGGAUCUGAGAGAAUGUGGCAUUGAUGUGAGUGAGGCCACAGUGUACUCUGGGAUUUGCACUGAGAUCUUUAAGGAAGAAUCUGUGCUUCGUCAGAAGAAGGUCUACUGCUUUGUGCAUUUGAGUAUUCAAGAGUUCUUUGCUGCUCUCUGUGUGUUUCACUGUUAUAUAAACAAGAGCAUGGAGGCACUGGAGUAUUUUAUGCCAAGAGAGAUCAAUGCAUCAGACAACAAAUUUAUGAAGGCACUGAACUCUUUUCUGCCCAGACAAUGGGUAAACAAUGAUCUGUUGGAUGAGUUGCUGAAGAAAGCUGUGGAUAAAUCUUUGGAGAGUAAGGAUGGACGUCUCGAUCUGUUUGUUCGCUUCCUUCAUGGCAUCUCACUGGAGUCUAACCAGAAACUCCUACAAGGCCUGCUGACACACACACAGGACAAUCAAAAGAGCAUCAAGAAAAUAAGCCGUUACAUCAAAGAGUUAAAUAAAGAUGGUGUCCCACCUGAGAGAUGGAUCAAUCUACUGCACUGCUUGACUGAAAUGAAUGAUCGCUCUCUCCAUGAAGAAAUUCAAGCUUUUGUCAAAUCUGAAAAUUACAGAACUAAACUCUCACUUGCACACUGCACAGCACUGGCCUACAUGUUUCUGGUGUCAGAGGAGGUGCUGGAUGAGUUUGACCUGAAGAAAUACAACACAUCAGAUGAGGGUCGUAGGAGACUGCUCCCAGCUGUGAGGUGCUGCAGAAAAGCUCUACUUGCUAGCUGUAAACUUACUGAACAGUUCUGUAAAGCUGUAGCCUCUGUUCUACAGUCAGUAAACUGUCCCCUGAGAGAACUGGACCUGAGUAACAAUGACCUCCAGGAUUCAGGAGUGAAGUUGCUCUGUGUUGGGUUGAGGAGUCCACACUGUAAACUGGAGAUACUGAGACUUGCUGGUUGUAAUCUCACUGAGCAGUCCUGUGAAGCUGUAGCCUCAGUUCUACAGUCAGUAAACUGUCCCCUGAGAGAACUGGACCUGAGUAACAAUGACCUUCAGGAUUCAGGAGUGAAGUUGCUCUGUGUGGAACUGGGGAAUCCACACUGUAAACUGGAGAUGCUGAGACUUGCUGGCUGUAAACUCACUGAACAGUUAUGUGAAGCUGUAGUCUCAGUUCUACAGUCAGUAAACUGUCCCCUGAGAGAACUGGACCUGAGUAACAAUGACCUUCAGGAUUCAGGAGUGAAGAUGCUCUGUGUGGAACUGGAGAAUCCACACUGUAAACUGGAGAUACUGAGACUUAAUAAAUGCAACCUCAGCAUGUACUGUUGUGAGGCGUUGGCGUCGGCUCUAAGCUCACUCUUCUCGAACCUGAGAGAGCUGGACCUGAGCGAUAAUGACCUGCACGAUUCAGGAGUGAAGCUGCUCUCUGCUGGACUGGCAAGCCCACAUUGUGAACUGGAGAUACUGAGAUUGUCUGGCUGUUCGGUCGAACAAGAAGGCUGUGCGUCUCUGGCUUCAGCUCUGAGUUCAAACCCCUCACACCUGAGAGAGCUGGAUCUGAGCUACAAUCACCCAGGAGACUUGGGAGCUAAGCUGCUCUCUGCUAGACUGGAGGAUCCACAAAAUAAACUAGAAAAGCUGAAUUUGGAGCGUGGAGGACAUUUCAGGAUCAAACCGGGCAUACAAAAAUACGUUUGUGAGCUCACUCUGGAUCCAAACACGGCACACAGAAGACUUGCUCUGUCUGAGGAUAACAAAACAGUGAGAUGGGUAGAGAACGCGCUGGAGCCGCGUCCCGAUCACCCAGAGAGAUUUACGCGCUUCGAACAGGUCCUGUGUAAAGAGGCUCUGACUGGACGCUGCUACUGGGAGGUGGAGUGGGACGGAGAGGUGGUUGUGGGACUCACGUACAGAGACGGGUGUUUUGACGCGUUCGCCGGACACAGCGAGCGGUCGUGGAGUUUCCACUGCAGCCCGUCCAGGUACGGCGUGUGGCAUGACGAUGUGAAAAUCCUCACGCCGGCGUUCCGCUUCUUUAAAAUGGGCGUGUUUCUGAACGAGCCUCUCGGCGCUCUGACGUUCUACAAAAUCUGCCCCGUCACGAACGCGCGGAUUCAUCUUCACACGUUUCACGCCGCGUUCGCUGCUCCGCUGUAUCCAGUGUUCUGGGUGAACUGGUAUUCUUCACUGUCCCUGUGCUAG